AUGACAGACUUGCGGCGCCAGGUCGAGGCGAUCUUCACCUCGAAGCUGGGAGAGUCCGACUCUUUGGAGCGGCAGAGCUACAUCGAAGUGCUUCAGAGUAUUGGUGGUACCUUGCAGGAGGCCAAUGUCCUUCUCAAGGAGUACCCAGAAGACUCAUGGAUUUGUGUGAAGGACUUCUUGGACAUUCUCUUCAGCACUCCAGAGGUGCAAAAGGAGGUGCAAAAUUGCAAAAAGGAGGAAGAGGAGGAGGAGCAAGCCUUGGAGAUUCACCCUACCGUCAUGUGCGAUGGUUGUGAAGCAGAUCCCCUGAUUGGCAAGAGAUACAAGUGCACGACAUGUGCGGACUACGAUCUUUGUCACAUUUGCCAUGCAAAUCGUGACUCGAUCCACCCCGGGCAUGAGUUCGAGAACAUCCCUGGUGUCUUGACUCAGGCCAGCCUGAAGCGCUACUUCGAGAAGGCUUACAAGGAAGGUGGUGUGUUCUAUCACGAGGAGUAUGAACACGAUGCGGCUGACUGGUGCUGGCUCCACAAGGGGUCUAACAUCAAGGUCUGGCAAGAUGCGCUUGAUCUGACGCAAGCUGGUGCUGGUGGUGCUGGUGGUGCUGGUGACGUAGAAUGCUUUUUCCACUACACCACGGAGCUCGGCUUUCACAACAUCACCAACGAAAGCAAAGAAUUGGUGGAAGUCUUCGCAUCUUUGGUCACAGAGGGUGAAAAGGCCAAUGCCUGGUGGGGCCGAGGUGUCUACUCCGUUCGGAAAGCACCGAAUCAAUGGCCCAACAUCGAGACCCUGCUCGAUAAUAAUUACAGAAACAUGAUGAAGCGUGACAUCGAACUGAAAGGCCGCGAGGCAACGGUAGAGGAAUAUCACUCCAGAGUUGCCUAUUGCAUCCCCAUGUUGGUGGAUGCAAGCUGCGCGUAUGAUGUCUCAAAACGACAGACGCCGGAAAUGGUUGAGAAGGGCAGGCCGAUCGGAGUGAAUCUGGCUGGCAAGCUGCUGAAUGAACCUGGAAUGCCGCCAAGAGAAUGCAUAGUUGUCCGAGUACAACAGGAGGAGAAGGUCGGCCAUGCUAGAGCAGUGCUGGUGGAAACGCUCCGCUGCCGCGCCGAAGCCAUCACCACCCACCUGGGCUCAGAGCAUGCUGAAACCCUUUUGGCAUUAAGCCGGCUCGCGAAGGUGCUGGAGUGGCGCGGCGCCCUGGCCGAGGCGGAGACGCUGCGGCGGCGGAUCCUGGCGGCGUGCGAAGCGCAGUUGGGUCCCGAGGAUCGGAACACGCUCAGUGCGCAGAACAAUCUGGCGCUGGUCUUGCAUCGCCGCGGCCAGUGGAAGGAAGCGGAAGACUUGUACCGCAGGGCGGUGAAGGCGAAGGAACGUGUCCUGGGAGAUGCGCAUUUGGAGACGCUGGUGUCCGUGGCGAACUUGGCGGAUGUGCUGAGGCUUCAAGGCCAAUUGGCCGAGGCGGAGGCGCUGCAGCGCCGGGUCCUGGCGGGCACGAAGCAUCGAGACACCUUAGUGUCAUUGACCAGCCUGGCACUCGUGCUGCAGGAUCAGGGCAAUUUGGAUGAAGCAGAGCCCUUCGCCCGGAAAUGCAUGGAGGGAAGGGAGGCUCUUCUUGGAGAAACACAUCCAGAGACCUUGAUUUCCAUCAACAACCUAGCCACGCUUCUCGAAGCCCAAGGCAAGCUGCAGGAAGCCGAAGAGCUUUACCGAAGAGCUCUUGACGGGGGCGAAGCACAGCUCGGGCGCACACACCCAGACACCCUGACCUGGGUCAACAAUUUGGCGGGUGUCCUCUUUAAACAGAAGAACUUCGCCGACGCGGAGGCAUUGUUGCGGAGAGCCCUGGCGGGUCGCGAGGCGCGCCUCGGAGCCGGGCAUCCGCACACGUUGAUCAGCGUCCAUCGCCUGGCCGAGCUCUUGGAGGCGACCGGCUCCAUCGCCGAGGCUGAAGAGCUUUUCAUCAGAGAGUUGAACGGCAUGGAGGAGCUUCACGGCCCAGACCACGAGGAGACCCGAGGUAGUCGCAAAAACCUGGAGCGCUUCCGGCAUGAACACGGGCGAUCAGGCUGA